AUGGGCCGUGUAAUUCUCCCGGAAAGAGCAUCAGGAUCAUCGGCUUCUCGGAGCUCCAUGCAUCCUGACGCUGCCUCCCGGCCGUCGCUGACUGGAGAUCCCUGGGUGUCUUUCAACACGGGCUGGUCCACUACUGAGGGCUACGAUGAUGAUGGUGCGCUGCGUAAUUCCUGGAAGGCUUUCGCGAUUGCUAGUGACCAGCAGAUUAGGAAACUUGUUCAAGUAUACUUUGAAAUUGUCUAUCCCAUCUUUCCUUUAUUCCACAAGCCGUCAUUUAUCGCGAGGAUCAAUAACCAGGAACAUCUGCAAAACCAAGGCUUGUUUGCCUCAACAAUGGCUGUGUGUGCAUUGGUUUCGGGCCGUGCACGCGACGGGGCGUUGUAUACCACCCGGUGGCACCGCGAAGAGCUUCUAGAACCACCAUCGGAAGCAUUUUAUGCAGCUGCCAAGGAUUCCCUUCCCCGCGAUCUAGCGCUUGCAAAAGGAUUCAAUUACAUGCGAGCAUGUGCAAUUCUUGCAAUCGCUAGCAUCCAAAAUGGCCAGAUUAAGAAUAUGCAGAAGUACUCGGGCAUGUAUCAUACGUUGACCACUAUGGAGGGAUUUCACGAUGAAAAGUUGUGGCCGAAAGACAUAGGUAUCAUUGAAACCGAGGAGCGGCGGCGAUUGUUUUGGUCAAUCUACACCCUCGACAUAUAUUCAACCGUUGUUUGGGGUGGUGUCAUUCGAUACCGUGAAGCUCACUCGCUGGUCCGCUAUCCUUGUGAAGUGGAUGAUGAAUAUAUUACUCCCAACGGGUAUGGCAUGCCGCUCGUAUCGCCGGAGUCGAGCACCUUCAGUCACGGAGAAGCUUCCGCGGUAUCACAUCAGCCCGUAUCGUGGAUGCAUGGAUGGAACUUCACAACCGAUCUAUACCGCAUCCUUGAACAUGUGGUGGAUGGAACACGGCGUCGGUUCUCAUCCGCCAACGGAACAACCGAGGUCUGGUCACUUUUUAGCCCUGCAUCCAUGUCCGAGCCUGCCGUAAUGAAGCGAGUUCUUUCCAUGUAUGCUGCUCUGCCAUCGCAGUUUCGAGAGACUCCUCCCACAACAGGUGACAUGGGAAAGGACCUCUUUGGCUUCCAAUCGGCCAAUAUUCAGGCGACUUUGCAACUGCUUCGGAUGGUCCUGUUAUCAGCCGAAGAGAUUGGAGUGGAUCGAAAAUGCGAUGUGGCUGGAGAGCUGCUGAGCGUUUUUUCAAAGGUUCCAGUGGAGUAUCUCAAGGCGAUCAGCUCCCCUCUGCUUCAUCACCUCGGCGGCAUUGGAUAUAUUCUCGGUUCCGUUAUGGAAGGGAGCUUGUCGGACGCAUCAUACCAACGAGUCCGUAAUCUACUCCUUGAAAUGGCUGAUCUCCUCCACCGACUUGAAACUGGUCUUCAUCGUUCGGCCGGUGCCAGCCAACGUUUGCGGUCUCAGGUGGACCGAAUAGACGGGUACAUGCGCACUUCACGGCUGCUAAAUCUCUCUGCAGCACCGCCUCCACCCAACGGGGCGUCUACCGUGACAGCCAGUGUAAAGCAAGAACCGCUUGUACCCUCAACGGCAUAUCCGGGUGGCCCCCCUCCUCCCGUAGCAGCUACAUCAGGAAUCGGCGACCAGAUGUUACAGUUCCAGCUGCCCCCUGAGCUACUCACGGACUGGCCAUGGCCACUGGAUAAUUCGCAUUCAGAAGGCUUCCUGCCUCUGGCGUUUGAGUGA